GAGAAAGCGGGUCCCAUGCAUGCACGCUCUGCAGGCUGCUGGAGCUCAAUGCUGGUCCGCGAAUGUCCGCGUCCAGCCUGCCUCUCUUCCUUCUCCUCAGCCCCGGGACGGCAAUGACGGGGAUACCGAGAGCUGUGAUCUCAUAGAGGCUGCUUGAGCCCCCACUAUGCGCGGGGCCAGCAGAGAUUGCAGUGGAGAAUCAGCCGCAGGCGCGCGCACAACGAAGAUUGGAUUACUACAACAUUGAUGUUCUUUGCAGCAGCGCCGUCCCAAAGUGACAACACCGUGGAAUUUCACUCAGUUCUUUUCAAUUUUGGGCGAUACGGUGGAAAUUAUUGCUCUCCAGACAUUGGGUGCUGCUGUGCAGUGUUUGAGAGUGAGCACCAUCCGAGGCUGCACGCUUUCUCAGAAGAAAGAGAAGACUGCUGCAAUGUCAUCUCACGCUACUAUUUUGGAGCUCUGUGUAAGGGAGAUGUUGGGCUGAAGUGGUUUGGAAAUAUGUCCCUUAGCAGCAUCAGAAGCAAGACGGGGAGUAGAAGGAGCAGUGGUUGGGGCAGUGGCAGUGGCAGUCAUGCUGUGCUGCUUUCCUUAGCUCUACUGGUGGUGGUGACCUACAUCACCGACCCAGCGGCGGCUCAAAAGCAGCGAAGUGGAGGUGCCUCUGAAAAAGUGCCAGUCCUAAAUAUUGCGGUGAUCCUGGGCCGCACGCGUUACAUUUCCGACCGAGACAUUCGGGCACUGUGGAGCAAGGAGGAGCCUAUUGAUGUCAAUGUGGUCAGUCUGCUUGUUAACGAGACUGACCCGAAAAGCAUCAUCACCCACAUGUGCGACCUGAUGUCCGGGACAAAGAUCCAUGGUGUGGUGUUUGGGGAUGGCACGGACCAGGAGGCCAUCGCCCAAAUAUUGGAUUUUAUUUCCUCGCAGACGCUCAUACCCAUCUUGGGCAUUCAUGGAGGCUCGUCCAUGAUCAUGGCGGAUAAGGAUGUGAAGUCCACAUUCUUCCAGUUUGGUGCUUCCAUCCAGCAGGAGGCUCUGCUGAUGUUGAACAUCAUGGAGGAGUACGACUGGCACAUCUUCUCUAUAGUUACGUCAAAGUUCCCCGGCUACCAGGAGUUCAUCAACAUUCUAAAAACGACAGUAGACAAUAGUUUUGUUGGCUGGGAUCUGCAGAAUAUCAUCACUCUGGAUGCAGUGGAGGAAGAUAGCCGGUCUCAGAUCAUGCUGAAGAAAGUCCAGUCACCGGUAGUUUUGCUCUACUGCUCCAAGGAUGAGGCUGUCUACAUCCUGGAGGAGGCUCGCUCUCUAGGCCUCACAGGCUUUGGUUACAUCUGGAUCGUACCGUCUCUGACCACUGGGAACCCGGAAAUAACACCUGAAGAGUUCCCAUCAGGAAUGAUUUCGGUCUCCUAUGAUGACUGGGAUUAUCCAUUGGAAGCACGCGUGCGUGAUGGUUUGGGGAUCAUAACGUCAGCAGCGGCAGCCAUGUUGGAUGAGUAUGGUGACAUCCCUGAAGCUAGGACAUCUUGCUACGGCCAGAUGGAAAAGACGAGCAAGCUGCCACCUAGCGCACUACACAAGUACAUGAUGAAUGUGACAUGGGAAGGCAGAGACUUGUCUUUCACGGACGAUGGAUAUCAAGAACAUCCGAAGCUGGUGGUCAUUGUUCUCAACAAGGAGAGAGAGUGGGAGAAGAUGGGGAAGCUGGACAAUGGGAGCCUGACACUGAAAUAUCCAGUGUGGCCACGCUUCAACUCCUUUGGCGAUGCUGAACUUGACGACAACCACUUGUCCAUCGUCACAUUAGAGGAGAAGCCAUUUGUCAUCGUGGAGGAUGUCGAGAGACUGACCGGUACCUGCAUGAGGAACUCUGUGCCCUGCAGGAAACAUAUCAAAGACAACACAACUGAGGCUGGUGGGAUAUACAUCAAGAAGUGCUGUAAAGGCUUCUGCAUUGACAUUUUGAAGAAGAUAGCCAAGUACGUCAAGUUCACCUAUGACCUGUACCUAGUAACCAAUGGAAAACAUGGAAAGAAGAUUAACAAUGUCUGGAAUGGGAUGGUGGGAGAGGUGGUCUAUAAGAAAGCCGUCAUGGCCGUCGGUUCUCUGACGAUCAAUGAGGAGCGUUCUGAGGUCAUCGAUUUCUCCGUCCCAUUCGUGGAAACUGGGAUCAGUGUCAUGGUGUCCCGUAGUAAUGGAACUGUGUCCCCAUCAGCCUUUCUUGAGCCAUUCAGUGCAUCAGUGUGGGUGAUGAUGUUUGUGAUGCUCCUACUGGUGACUGCAAUGGCUGUUUUCAUGUUUGAAUUCAUCAGUCCUCUCGGCUUCAACAGAAACCUGGCACAAGGAAAAGACCCCCAUGGCCCCUCCUUCACCAUGGGUAAAGCUGUGUGGCUGCUUUGGGGUCUCGUCUUCAACAACUCUGUCCCGGUGCAAAAUCCAAAGGGAACGACCAGCAAGUUCAUCGUGUCUGUGUGGGCCUUCUUUGCUGUCAUCUUCCUGGCUUCCUACACUGCCAACUUGGCCGCUUUCAUGAUCCAGGAGGAGUUUGUCGACCAAGUCACUGGGCUUUCUGACAACAAGUUUCAGAACCCGUAUGCCUACUCACCUCCAUUCCGCUUCGGCACAGUUCCAAACGGAUCUACUGAGAGGAACAUCAGGAAGAACUAUCCUUCCAUGCAUCAGUACAUGGUGAAGUAUCACCAAACAGGAGUUCAGGAUGCACUUGUCAGCCUGAAAUCUGGUAAACUGGAUGCCUUCAUCUAUGAUGCCGCAGUGUUGAACUACAUGGCUGGCAGAGAUGAGGGAUGUAAGCUGGUGACCAUUGGCAGCGGGUACAUCUUUGCCACCACUGGAUAUGGCAUUGCUCUCCAAAAAGGCUCCUACUGGAAACGACAGGUGGAUCUGGCUAUUCUGGCCAUCAUUGGAGAUGGUGAAAUGGAAGAAUUAGAGGCUCAGUGGUUGACGGGCAUUUGCCACAAUGAGAAAAACGAAGUGAUGUCAAGCCAGCUGGAUGUGGACAACAUGGCGGGGGUCUUCUACAUGCUAGCUACUGCCAUGGGGCUCUCACUCAUCACUUUUGUCUCUGAGCAUCUCUUCUACUGGAGGCUCAGAUACUGCUUCACAGGAGUCUGCUCUGGCAGGCCGGGUCUUCUCUUCACCAUUAGUCGGGGUAUCUGGAGUUGCAUCCAUGGAGUUCACAUCGACAUGAAGAAAAAGACAGAUCUGGACUUUAGUCCGCAAGACAAGAUGCUUAAGCUCAUUAAGUCAGCCAAGCACAUGACCAACAUGUCUAACCUGGCUGGCUCUCAUAUGAACUCACCCAAACGUGAAUUCAUGCACUCAGCCGGCCCCAUGAUAAUGGACAUGAUGGCAGAAAAGGGCAACUUCAUUUAUGCUGACAACCGAAGCUAUGCUCCCAAAGAUAUGAUGUAUGGCGACACAGGUGACUUGCAGUCAUAUAUUGCUACCCGCCACAAAGACCACCUGAACAAUUACAUUUUCCAGGGAGGCCAGCAUCCUCUCACCUUGAACGAUGCCAAUCCCAACUCAGUCGAGGUAGCAGUUAGUGCUGACACGGUCCAGACCAAUGCCAAACCACCUCGAACUCUGUGGAAGAAGUCAGUUGAUACGCUCCGCUCGGUGCCACCCGGCCCCCCGCCCAUGCCUGACAUGCUAAUGCCAGAGCCACGAAUAUCAAUGAAGACACAGCGCUACCUCCCCGAGGAUACAGCCCAUUCUGACAUCUCUGACUGCUCCAGCAGAGCGGCUUCCUACAAGGACCCAGAAAUCAACAAGCACCUGAAACCCAAGGACAACUUAAAAAAAAGACCUGUGACUUCCAAAUAUCCAAGGGACUGUAGUGAGGUGGAGCUGUCUUACUUAAAAACUAAGCAGGUCAGUGGUGGACCAAACCAACUUGGGAGAGCAGGUGGAGAGAAAAUCUACACGAUUGACUCUGACCGAGAGAUGAGCUUGCACUCAGACCCCAUACACUACCGUGAGAGUCGUGGCCUUGCAGCCGAUGAUUUGGAAUAUCCUGAAAUAUACUCUGACCACAGUGAUAAUUAUAGAAAAUGUGAUCAACCCAUCAUCCAUCUGAACUCAUCCCCGCUGCAUCACGCAGAUUCAGAUCUCACAGAACCAACUUACUCGAAACACUACAGCAUGAAAGAGAAAAACCUUUCCCCACAUGAAUCAAUUGAUCGCUACAAACAGACACACUGCCGUUCCUGCUUGUCAAAGGUCUCUGCUGGCUACCCUCCAGGAGUGACUUACACCCCUACAGGACCCGCCUCAGCUUCUGCCACCCGCUCACCAUAUAAUCGAUGUGAAGCAUGUCUCCACACAGCGAACCUGUAUGACAUUAGUGAGGAUCAGCUUCUUGCAGACCCCUUGGUCAGCCCCACCAUGCACCACCAACAGCAUCAGCAACCUGAUGAAAUGUUUGGCCUGUAUUGGCCGCAAACAGAUGGGCCACAUGUCCAGAAGAGAAACCGCUUGAGGCUUAAUCGUCAGCACUCCUUUGACAACAUACUGCUAGAAAAGCCCAAGGAUUCAGACCUGGGCCGACCAGCACGCAGCGUCAGCCUUAAGGAGAAGGAUCGCUUUCUGGAUUCUACAUCUGACUCGCACUACGCAAACCUCUUCAGCAUGCGUCCCUACUCUGGCAGACUGGUUGGCACCGGACCCAAAUCUAUGAUGUUUAAUCACAACCUAGAGGAGAGUAAAAGGAGCAAGUCCCUGUACCCGGCCCAUGGCUCGGAAAACCCUUUCCUCAGCCACUCACUGAGGGACGACACCAGCAGCAGACUGAUCCACGGGCGUAGCUCCUCUGAUAUUUACAAACAGUUGGCGGCGGCUUCGCCAGCAGCGAUUCUUGGAGCACCCCCCAUCAAAACGCGCAACGAUGCAAACAAUCUCCAUUCUUCCGCUAAAUCCACCACCUCAUACUGCUCAAGAGAUGGGCGGAUAGCUAACGACAUGUACAAUAAGGAGCAUGUAAUGCCUUACUCUGCCAAUAAGACUUGUGCGUACCCAGCCUCGCGUGGUGUCCUUAACUCAGCUCAAUUCAGCAAUAGACGGGUGUAUAAAAAAAUCCCUAGUCUGGAGUCAGAUGUUUAGUCAGAAAUUAUAUAUGUUCUGCUCUCUGAGUUUGUAUUAUAAUUUGUUAUCCCCUAAGGGAUGUCAUAGACACACUUUUCUUCUCUUGACGUGUUCAGAAAGAACUUUCACCCAUUUGGGUGUAACUGUACAGCUUCUGUCUUUGCAGGUGAUAUCAUAAUUGUCCAUUCUCUACCAUGUACUAAUCAGUUGGCUGCUUUAGAAAGUACUUUGCCAUUAUGUGUCAUGACAUACAUGUGAGAUUAGUUAUUGGCUUCAUCAUAUUUGAUGGUAAGCCUGGUUCCAGAGAUGUGCUUUCUGGGGUGAUUUGUCGUGAUUGAACAAACAGAGGAUCAUCAUGGAGGAUGGCAAUAAGAUAAAACACAGGUUAAGAUUUCUCUUUGAAACCGUCCUCCUGGUCUAUAUUUCUCCAACCUGCUGGUUUAGGAUUCUUUACAGGGCGGCAGGACGCCACAAUGAGCCCGUCCAAAAGUCUGCUGCUUAUUACUCUGACAAAUGUGACUAUUGUGACACCAGGCAGAGUGCAUUGAGAGUGAGAUAAAAUGGACAUGAAUGGGCUAAAUGGCACUACCUUCUCCGAGCAGUUGUUCAGACCAAGCUUGGGAACAGUGACGGGAGUAGGGUAGGUGCUACCAAUGAAUAAUGUUUACAGACUGACAGAUCUAAAAAGACUAACCGACAACAUGGUAGACAAGCAGAAAAGACUGAAGCAAAUUACUGCUUUUUGAUUCUAUUAAAUUUUAAGAUUUAUUAGCGGUUCUUUCACUAAAUCCACCUGUAGGCUUUGAGUGUUUGCUUAAUUGUUAGCACAGUAACCAUUAGUUUUACACCUCUUUCCUACAAUUGCUUUUAAAAAGCGUUGCUUUCUGAAAAACACCAAUACAAGCAGUAGCUUCUUUUGCAUGGGCUGUUUUUUUCCUCGUCAAUGAGGAAAAACACGUACAAUUAAGUACUUUCUUGUCUAUGUUUCUAUCUAAAAAAUAAAAGGGGGGGGGCCUUUCCUGCCAGAUGUUGUGGAUGGACGUUUGUACAAUCGAAACUUUGACCUUAGUAAAUCAUUGUCGUAUUUAGAGGCUGCUGUUGCAAUAGAGCAAGAAUGGUGAACAAGAACACAGCAAAUGGGUGGAUAACAAGGACGAAAAUCAAAUGCAUCAGAAUUGUGGACUGGAUGCAUAUUUUUUAUUGUUCCAUGACCUCCUUGCAGAUGAUACAGGGUAGUAGUUAUUUUUUUGGGGGGGAAAAAAGGUGUGACUCCCCCCGUCCCUUGCUUGAUCACAUCACUAGGGUGUAGAAAUGUUUCCCUUAAUUUUGUGGAUUUUUUAUUUAUUUAAAUUUUUUUUACACACAUUAUCUAACCACUAGAUAGUGUCGUGUGCUGUAGUUACCUCUUCUUGGUCAUCAAUUUAUUUACAUUCAGUCAAGCAGGGUUCCUGAUUUAUAUUUACCGUUAUAUGUUAAGAUUUAUGUAUGAGGUGAGCCGGGCAAGAUGGUAUGGAGCAAGUCUUGUGUGUGCAUGGCAGCCCUUGGGUAAGCUUGAAGACACAAAACAAUCAUGCUUUUUUCAUUUCUGUUGUUAUUUUUGACACGGGUUACUGAAAAUGUGUGCAUAUGCACACCAUGUACAAAUGACUGCACAUUUCUUUUUGUAGCAUUUUUCCUGUGCAACAUGUACAGUUGAAAAAGACAAAACAAAAUUCACAUCUUAUCUAACUUAGUGAUUUGCUUAAAAAAUGAAACACCCCAGGAUGAUAAUUCUGUGCAUUUUGAGGGAGCGUCAACCACAGCAACAUAGUCAUACACUGAUUAUUUUGUUGAAAUAUAACCCCCCAAAAAAACUUUUUAAAAGAAAUUUCAUAGCAGCAGCAAACAAUACCAAAACAUUUCUCAAUUUGACAUGUCAAGGUCUUCCAGUUUAGGAGGGAAAGAGGGGAUUGUGCUCAUGAGGAGGUUGUGACUGAUGUGCAGUUUCACCCCUCACCAAAAUGUGCACUAUAACAGAAUGAAGGAUGUUUUUAAAUAUCCACAAAUAGAGCCUUCAGCCACCCUUUGAUGAAAAUGCUUUUAUUUAUUUAUUUUAUUUAUUUAUUUUUUCCCCCUCUUUUUUUAAAUGACUGCAUUUGACUGCAUUUCAGUUGAUGCUCAACAACCACAUCAUAUCACCCUCUCUUACUCUUGGAGUACUUCCUUUCAUUGCUUCAGCUUAACCCACUGACUGAUGAGCAACAUGUCCUUAAUUUUUGUUUGGAUCUUAUCUGCAUAUUUAUUAUUAACAUAUAUAUCUCCACAUGCUGCUUGUGUGAGUUGAUGAGUGAACCAUGUAUAUAUAUAUAUAUAUAUAUAUAUAUAUAUAUAUAUACAUAUCAAACAGCACCCUUGCAUUUUAUUAUGGACUCAUGGCAAUUUGUUCGAUUCUUUCUACUUUUGCAGAACUGUCAUGUAAACUGAUGCUGUUUUAUGUUGGAACACACAUGCACCCUUGUGAUGACAACCCUGCUCUUUUUAAUGGCAAAUGUAUUUUAAUUACAUUUAAUGAUAAAUAAUGAGGUGAUGGCAUGCAACCCCAGAUAUAACAAUGUUUUAUGUUUCUGUUUCGUUUCAUUUUGUCAUGAUUGUUAUGAUCACUAAUGCUUUGUAACCAGGUGUGAGUAUAUACAUAUUUGAGAUAGAGAGGGGGGAAAAAGAUUAUCUAUGUUUAAAAUAAUGACACUGCUGCUCUUUUGGGAGAAGAGGUGUUUUCCGACUCACUCAUUGGCAUGAAGGGUCAUCAUCCGGCCCGGUUUUGCCCAAUGGGAUUACAGGUCAGAGGUCAGGGCUUGGUUUGGCAUGGUGGGAAAUCCUCUCUUCUUCCAUUGCAGGUGAGAAUUUAAAAAUGUAUCACCAGCUCUCCUUCUCUCCUACCACUCCUUCAUGUAUAGUCAGGACUUCAAAUGUGACAAAUUUAAAAAAAAAAAAAAAAAAAAAGCAACCC